ACAUCAAACAUAAGUAUUUGCGAAUUUUUUUGGAAAUUUAAUUUUUAAAAAAGGCAAGAAAAUUCUUUUUGUUGAAGUUUGAGUAUGAUUUUUUAAAAUAAUUUACCAAAAAAUUUGUUAAUUUUUUGUUGGUUAACUAUUUAUUUGCAGUCUGUUAAACGAACCAACGUAAUACCAAACGAGGCUGUAACGUUGACAGUAUCCAAAACAACAUCAAAAACCUUUCAUUACAGAAAACUCGUCAACAUAAACUUCUGUCAAACGCAACUAAAUAGACAACAUAUUCAGCAUAAACAACAACGAACAAAACAAUAAACAUUAUUGUUGUUUAACAAAUAUAAACAACAGUACAAACAACAGUUGAAACAUCAAUGUUUAACAGACAUAAACAAUAACUGUGUCACAUACUCUAUCACAAAAUUUGCCUCAAUAACAACGUACUUGUGCAACUCCUCACCAUUACCAUCUUCUAAACAAUAUCAUCAUCAUCACCAUCAUGUCGAAUUAUAUCCCUACCCAUAUUUUCACCAUAUUUAUUGUCAUCAUCUUCCUCAUCAUCGCCAUCAUCUUACCGCCGACAAAUUGCGCCAGACAACAGCGCCAAAAACCAGACAAACUCCACAAUAAAAACGACCACCAGCACAACAACAACAAUGUAAUGAACAACAACAACAACAGACACCACAGAAAUUCAAUCAGGUCUAGACAACAACAUUACUACCAACAGGAAAACUACUGCGAACUUGAGAUAAAAUGUCGUGAAGACGAUACGAUAAACAACCUUUCCCUACCCAUCCGUCUACCAAUCAAGGGUCCCAGAGGGCCUGCCGGACCUCCCGGACCUCGAGGAGAGAGGGGACCUGCUGGGGCGUCCAUUAUCAGUCCUGGUUCUAGUGGCUUGUCGCACCAGGCAUCUGCAGCAAUUAGCGAGUUUGAUUGA